CAUAAGACCACUGCGCAUACUCGCUUAGACAUAUAGCUAUUUAUAGAAGUCUAAGUGGAAGAAACUAUACGAUAGAAUUAGAAGUAGAGUAACACUAAUACACAAGAAGAUACAACUUUUUUUCACAUUUCCUUUUUGUCAUUCACAGCAUAAGUAUCAAAAUCAUGGACGCCCUCCUUCAUGUACUUGGUGCUGCUGCCGAAUCAUCGGCUCAGCCGAUGUUUUCUUUUAUGAGUGGAGGGUCUGGCACACCGACGAGCAAACCGCAAACCUUAUCAGGCGGUUACAACUAUCACGAAGGUGGUUCAUCGUCGUCCACAUCCGUGCUAGCUGGCGGAAGUGGAGGCGCGUCUGAUUACAACAUGAUGAACGCAUAUUCGGCUUUGUUGGAGGAUAUCAGUUCUUAUGAAACCGCGAGAAAUACAAGCUGUGAUGCAACAAAUAAGCUACUAUACCUCUACUACAAGUACGACUAGAUGAUUUAUUGAUGACACUACUAGUGAGCCUUUGCCUUAAAUUUUGCAACGUACCUCUUCGUCUUCUAAUUCCUCUCCAUUCCUUCCCUCCUUCCGACCCCCACCUCUUGGGAUGAGAGCAUGUGGUUCCGGUUGCUGCUGUUGUGCACAGUAGAAGCUAUUGGAGUAAACCGGCUUUGGGGUGAGCGUGUGCAUAGACGAUGUUUACACCAUGUCGAGAAAAACGUCUUUAAUCCGAGCAAGAGGCCUUUUAUUAGGAGUCUGAGGGAGUUUGGACCGGUAUUCUUUAUCUUUUUUAAGGACUUGCCCUCUUCAUAGCCAUUUUGGCUCAAGCGCUCCACUGACUUAAUAACUGCGCUAGUCUUGAGCCGGGCGGCCUUUUGCUAAUAGCAAGCUGAAAAAUGGGCUGGGGCUGGUACAGUCUUAGCCCGAAAAGAGGCCGCGUUUGCUCGACGGCUGACCUUUGUGAAGACUACCCGGGAGAAGCCCUCGAGCCCGGCGACGCCAGCGAGCCCGAGGGGAGGAAUUUGGUGGCGGGGAAGCGGUCCGCACCGGGCGGCGCGGGUGGGGUCCUUAGAUCAUUGCGUGGGACGCAGGAAAGCGCCGCAGCUUGCCGCAGUUUCGCGUUGGGGAAGAACUGUAAGGGCCCAGGCUGGAAAGUAGCCAAACGCAGCAGAGAAACGGCGGCAGCACGCAGCGGCGCCGCCUCAAGCUGAAGGGAGAAAACGAGGAACAGGCGGGCAUAAUCUUUUUUCAACAGCAGGCAGCGCGCUGCAUCUACAACACCGGCGUCUGCGACGAGAGGUGCGGGCCCCUCGCCCAACGCAAUGCCUGCCAGAGGCGUGCAACUGCUAUGCGGCCUUUGGCGUUUCUGUGCUGGCAGUGGCCUAGGUCGCAGACUGUGUCGGCGUUCGUGGCUGUGCUUAUUUAUUUUGACCAAGCUGCCACUGCUGCCCCGUCGGAUCGAUCUCGCAGGAUGUGAAGCAUUAGUUUCGACUACGGCGGCACGUGGCCAAUUGCUCUGGUUUGUUUUAGGAGUGUGCGUCGGUUCUUCUUCUUGGUGGGUGUACGUUCGUGGUGUAUGUUCGUGAUGGGUCAUGUUGAUUACUGUCCAGGGACCACUCCCACUUUUUCAGCAACGACCCAAAACAUCCAGGGCCAUACUUACUUACACCCACUCGCUCCAGGCGCUUCUCGUGGUCGUUGACAGAGAGGCCAGCUUUCCCCCGUUUGGGUGGUAGGCAUGCGUGGUUGAUCUGUUAGACUUCCCGCUUAGGCUUGGAAUUGCUGACAAUGUUAUUCAGCUUUGCUUGAUGUGGUGAUCAUUUUCAGAUGGAAGCCCUACGUUCGUCAUGAAAGACGGCAUCACAGGCACAUAUAUGACACAAGAAGCACUAUGUUGCGCAUUUUUUUCAGAAGACAGAAGAUCUUCAGAUAGUUCAUCAAAUAUCAUCGCAUUCUGUGAUUGUCUCUGGCAUAACAUCCAGGUAGUAAAACACCUGAAAAUCCUGCACAACUUGGACCUUCGAUAUGGUGAUCGGGUUGCGGGAGGUGGCAAUCAGUGGUCUAUCAUAUGUAAAUUGAGUGUGGCGCAAUACAGUCCACGCGCGACAAUAUACUACGACUCAAUGAACGAAGAAACAAGGGAGAUUGUUGAUCGGAUUGGUAUUUUGUCCUUUUUAUCUAUGCUUGUAGCUUGUAGAUGUACUUGAUGUUUCAUCCGAUAAUUUGACGUAAUUUGAUGUUGAUCAUUUCUCUACGUUUGCCAGGCUCCGCAGUAGCCGAAGACCUCUCUUCAUCGAACUUAUUGGGCGAGCGCAUUCAACUAGCGCCCAAGAGCAGUAGUUUUAGAGCUUGUAUUUUGCGGUAUGAGGGGGCCGACGCGGAAUUCCCAUGGCACUACGACACUGAGCAUCCAUCCUGCUAUCGAGCGCUUUUCCUGUUUCAUAAAGAAGGUAAUGUUUACACUUAGCUUCAAAAAAAGGCUCUACAACCUGUGUCUUGUGUUCGAGUCACUUGGCAUCCGCGACAUUGUUUUCCAAGAAUCUGAAUCUUUUAUCACUCACUGCUUAGAUCCACCUCAUACAACUCCACCAAGAAUCCUCCAUCCGUCCGUUUUUCCCACACCUACCAGGUUCCAUCUCCCCUCUCCAGUAUCUCGACUCCGAUAAGCAGUUACACACGCUUCGUUUGGCUGUUGGCGAUGGUUGGGUGUUUAAGGGCACAACGACGUUGCAUAGAGUGCCUCGGAAUACAGAUCCAAAUUCGAAGCGUUAUAUGAUAGGGUUCCAAUUUACGAGAGCUUCAAGAGACAAACAAACUACAAUUAGGAGUUCUACGAGUUCAAAUGUUGAUAGUGCCCUGGAAGAAGCAGGUCAAGACGUCGAUGAAGAUGACAACGCAGUAGAUGACGAAGAAGAGGUAAUUAUCCCAGAUGAAGAGGAAGAAGAAGUAAACCCAGAGCAUAUUUCCAUCUGCUCUAUGCUUCGACAAGCAAAGCCAGCCCACAUACUGUGGGAGUUCCUUCCGGGAUUCUUUCUGUGCUGGUUCACAGUGCUUUGCGGUCACACUAGUUGGCUCGGCGACGCUUUGUUUCAUAAGUGGAUAGGAGAGGCGUCUGCGCAGUACUUGAUUAAGGCUCAAAAUAUUUCAUAUAGUUUUAGCAGAUAGCAGGAUGCUUCAGGAUAUACUGGUUGAUAGUUACCCUUUUCUCUUUUCUAUCUUCCUCUGGUCUUUCUUUUUUCUAGUUAGGUCGGCUCCACCACAAUUUCUAUCAGUCAUUUCUCGCAAUUUUCUUCUUGAGAAUCUGUCUGAAGAAAUGAACGCAAGAAAUUAAAUGUUUUGAGCUCAUCUAACUUGAGGCGGACUUUUUUCGCAGCGAGCUGUGGCAUGCUACUGCUAAGCACAUUUUUGCCUGGCUUGUUGGCCACGAGAUUUUUCGUUGGAGAAGGCUAUUCAUCAGAAGGAGAGAAAAUAGAAGACGAGAAUGAUACGAAGAACAAGACGAUGACAUCAGCAUCAGCUGCGACAUCAUCAGAAGAGCUGAGCGAAGUAGACGAAGAGGUAGGAAGAUCUUCAAGAAGUAGAAAAAAGACCCUGGUCGUACAAGGAGCAGGAUCGUCUGACGACGAUGAGGAGAAAGCGAAAGGAGCCAUAGCAGCCGAAUUAGCAGGUGAACAGGCAAGAGGACAACUUCUAUCUCGGACGCCUUCGAGCGAUAACGAAUUUGAAAAAGAACAGCUCAGGCCAACGCUUAGCACUACAUCAACUACCGCAUCUGCCAGUACUGCUUCACUCGCAUCAUACAACUUCCCUUGCUCUAGGACCACCUCGGUUGCUGCAUCGGGCGACGCCGACUCAUCGUGUGAUGGAAUGCUAGUCCAAGAGCGUGCUAGUUUUGCUUCCGUGGAGAAGAUGGAAGACGAUUGCUCGCUCUCAGGUAUAGGAGACUCCAAUGGCAGAAGCACGGAGGAGAGAGCUGUGCAGGUGAAGCGAUCGAUGGAGAUGACGCAGCAGGCGGAUGGAGACGUAGUAGAGCAUGCAGUAAAGGGCAAGAGGAGAAGAUAUGGCGUAGCUAGUUGUGAAUGAAGAUUUGAAGCGGUCUCAAGGUGUAGGCGUUGUACUUUUUCUGGACGACUAUACUGGGAUGAUUGCUUGUUGCAUGCCUCCUACAAACUUCGCAUUGGAAUUUGACAUCAACGUUUUCGCAACCAACAACUCUCUAAUAACUGCUACAAGAGACGGAACGACGCCCUUGGAUUGGCACCGGGAUGAACAAGAGUUCAGGGACGAUCGCUAGACUCUAUCUUGGCUGUAUCCUUUCCGCACUGGACUUUCAGACGGGCUUCUAUUUCAUGGCGUAUCUUCUCGCUACGGAAAUGCUGCUACCGAAUACCUUUGUUGGGUAUGUUUGAGUAAGCAACGUGACUUUGUUUAUGUCAAAGAAAUUUUCCUAAAACCUUAUCUAAAUCUUCAACCUUAUCUAAAUCUUCUAGGGCAGUCUUUGUUGAUCGACAUAACUGCUCUUGAUUUCGCAGAUUGACUAACUCAAUAUACCAGAUUGAUGAAGCCGACUACAUUUUUGAAACUUCUUUUCAUGUUGAUUUUACAUUUUCCUCGGAGAUUCGUGUUAAGCCCACAUAUUGUCGCGCAGAGAGCCAACAUAAGAAUGACACCGUUAUUGAAUAAAUAGAGGACGAUUUUCUACGCCUUCCCCUGGUCUUUGUUUUUCUAGUUAGGUCUGCCCCGCCACAAUUAUAGGACGAUCGAAGCCACUCUAUUCUUGUCCUUUUUUUUGAUUCAUAGCAACCGAGCAACCUAGCAUGAAAUGUAACGAUUGGUAGUUGUGUAGAAAAGACCCUUUUCAUGCAUACUUAGCGUACUAGUUGUUUAAGUUAUUAUUUCCAUAUCUUUCGCCUCUCCUGCAUCCUCGUCAAGAAAGGUGCUGCUAUCAAUGUUUUGGCGAAACAAUUAGAUUUCCUCCUCUUGAAUUAGGUAGAUGAUUGAGAAAUGAUGCGCAGACUAUGAUGCUGAAGAGUGCACGCGGGUGAGGGUGAGAUCCACAGUAGAUUUUUUUAGACUACCAUCCGCAUCUUCGACAAUCUCGAUGAAAAAAAUCGAGUGCCACUCCAUAUGCGUAUCUGGAUCGUGGUACUACUUUUCAUUGAGGAAAUUGUGCAUCACGGAAUGCAACAACUGAUUAAAAAUCCACGGUCAACCGAGUAAUGAUUUUUAUGAGAGACCUUGCGUUUUUGUCUUUCUCUUUCAUACUGCUCUUGCUUCGGCUUUUUUUUUCUUGGCGACAACAGACACAUGUAACGCGCACAAGAAUGGACACUACGCCAUUCAUAGAUGUGGUCAUUGAUCUGCCACUACUUCAAGUUUCAUCCUAUCUUUGCUCAUAAGCUGUCCUCACGAAGUGAUUGCUUUGUGGGUGUUAAGUCCACGCAUUGAGAGUUCGUUGAACUCCACGAAAAAUAGCGAUCGCUGAGAACUGUGGCAAGAGCGAGGGGGAAAAAAAAGUAAGCCAACGCAAG